AUUAAGUGAGGAAGAUGGUGGGGCGGAGGCCUCGCGCUGCGCGGGGAGGAAAAGAAACCGUGGAGCCGGUUCCUGCCGCCCUUUCCUCAGCGGAGGAGGAGGAGGAGGAGGAGGAGGAGGAGAGUGACGGCGCUCCCGAGGAGGUGACUUUCGAAAAUGCGCGGGUUGCGGCUGACGAAGAGCGCCGGUUAGCCGGGGAACGCGCACGCAGAGAAAAGGCCACAUUGAAAGAAAAGAGACGACACAAAGAAGAACUGUUUAAGGAACAAAAGAAAAGAAAGCUGCUUCCUGAAAACGUUUUGGAGGAGUUGGCAUCAUCAACACAGAAUAGCAAACACCAGCCAUCUGACACACCUGAGCAAGAUCAAAACGUUGAAGAUGAAUCUGAAAGUGACAAUGAUAAAGAAGAUACAAAGGAAGAUGGUGAAGAAGAAAUAUUGGCAGCCAGGCUCCAAGAGAGCUAUAUGGCUGUGCGGUUAAAAGAUCAGGAUCUAACCACCAGGCAGGAAGAAGCCAAAAAAUUCAUACAAAGGCAUCUUUAUGGAGCAGGCUGCAACCGAACUACUGCAAACCAAUAUUUUUCUGUUGAAAACAAGAAAAGUGCAGUUAAAAAAGCAGCAGUCCAGUUUGUGAACAAAUCUUGGGGUAAAAAGAAGAAACAAAAAGCUAAGCAAUUUACAAAACACUGGGUUUCUUCAACUUUGAAGCCUUGACUAUGUUCUGAUAACCAACCUGCAGAUUUUGUGCUGAAAAACCAGUGAAUGGAUUUGAGUUAUUUUAUAUUGUGAAGUUGUGUUCAAUUCUUCUUCUUACUCGUGUUUAAAGAAUUUUGUAAUAGAUAUCGUUACUAUUCAAGCUUCAAGAGUAGUGAAUAUUUUAUGUGCUCUUUUCCGGAUACUUGCAGCCAUGUGCUCCAAUGAAACUUUGUUCUAGGUCUUUCUCUUCCAUGAAAUGUACAGUAAAUCUAACCAAGUACGAUUUGAGGUGAUAGAGGCAGGCAUAUUAUAUUAUCCUGUCUUGCUGAAAGUCUGGCUUUUUAAGUCAAAUUGUGUAGAUACUAUAAAAUAACUUUAAUAUGUAAAACAGUGUUGUAGCUAACUGAGGUCUUUUAUCAUGUUUGUAUCCUAGUGCUCUACUAAGUCAAGGUGUUGAACUUCAGCCUCCUGGGUCCCAAUCCUGCCCACCCCCACACGUUACCUGUUUCCCUGGCCUUAACCCCUUUCCCAUUGAUCAAUUUGGUGGGUUCUUAGCUUUUGCAGUUUUUCCUCAUUCUAAAAGCCUUACUUACUGGCAGUAAGACUCUUAAACUAAAAUACACUGGUAUUUUGGCCUUCCUCAUUUUGCCUUUGGCCCCAUCUGCCACUGGAAUAUGUCUCUUUAGAGCUUCUCCAAAAUUGAAUUCAGCUCUUGGAGUGGAAGAGGUUUGACACCCCUGCUCUGUGCAGUGCACUUGAUAUCUUCCAUGUUUUUCCCCCCCAAAUAGUGAGAGAGAUAGUAAAGGUUAAAGGGGAGCAACUGACCCAAGUUCAACCCCUGUCUGAUUUAUAUUAUUUUCAUUUUUUGUACCAUGUUGUGUUAAUGCACGGACUUUGAUAAAGCCAUAUAAAAAGUA